GAAUGGCCAGGGUUACGGUCGCAUCAGAAGGACGCGGCGCGGUUGAUAAAGUGGAAUACAAUAGUGUUUGGUGUGGAGAAGGGGAAACGGAGUGAAAAAUAUUCCAAGGCGAGAAGAGGAGAAGAUGCCAGGCGGAGGGGAAGGUGGAAAAGAGGAAGAAUAUGUUGCAGUUAUUUGCAGUCGGUUAUUAGAUCAGUAUUGCACAUGGCCCAGUAAAAGUUGAGUGAACAUUAUUGUCGGAAAAAAUUAAUGUAUCGAUUCCCAAUUUUACUACUAUGUGAUUUGGUUAUUUUCAUGGAACAAUAUCACCACCAACAUUAAUGUGUUGAAAAAUUCAAUUAAUAUAGAUUGAUGAAACUUGUGAUUGUAGUAUUCAUCAUUGGACUUUCUGAAAAUUUGUGCGCUCUCACCGAUUUAACAGUUGAAUCUUUUAUUCGCCUUAUCAAUAGAAGUUUUUUCAUCAAUUCUUUCAUCAGUUUUCUCAUUGAAAAUUAUCUGCCAAAAAUAAUUUUCCAGCCUAUUCAAGUGCAAUAACUGAAUAUUGAAGACUGCGAGCUCUAAAAUUAGAUUGUAGUACUCUAUCUUAUAGAAAAAUGUUUAGAAAACUGUGUCAUUGUAUUAUUAUGAUUUACUACUUGUUUUUCGUUUAUUUUGGACUCAGACUGUUGUUUUUCUAUGAUGUGGAAAAUGUGAGUGAUAUUUUCAAGAAGACGGUUGUGGAUAAGAAUCCAUUCAUGUACUUCAGCUUAUGGGGAGUGACUUUUCAGCUUGUAUACUUCACAUUUGUCAUCAUACUGGAUUACACAGAUAUCACAUCAGAGAAAAGUAGAUCGCCCUGGAAAAAUUGCUUGGAGACGUUCAGGAAGCAUUUUUUUAUGGCAAUAGUUUUUCCAACUACUUUGUUGAUUGGACUCACCUUCUGGACUUUCUUUAUCUAUGACAGAGAAUUAAUUUAUCCAGAAGUUUUGGAUAGGGAGGUUCCAUUUGUUUUGAACCAUUGUUGUCAUACAAUACCACCGAUUUUGGUGUUCAUACACCUGUUUCUUGCGGACCAGAGUGACAUUAACUCGACUGUCUGCAUUGUAUUGAUUUCAAUUAUGGAGCUCUUGUAUACAGUCUGUUUUAUUUGGUCAGGAAUCAUGUACGGAAACUGGAUAUACCUCAUGUAUGAUACGAUGAGAGCAGACAAAAUCGCAUCCAUUUUUGUUAUCUGUUAUAUAACAACGUGCCUGUCGUUUGUCUUUGGGAGGAAGCUCAGCACAACACUAUCAAGAAUCAAUUAUGAAGUCAAAAUUGGAAAGCGGAAAAUCAAUUGAAGAGAGAAUAGUG